AUGAACCACUCGUCGGGCGUCGGCUCGAUGCACUCUCACUAUUCAGGCAGAAACCGCUCACGAAGCCGGCAGCCCGUCUACACCUCCGACAAACGGGCCAAAUUCACGCAGCGCGAGAGCAAGAAAUGGAUCCGGUUCAUCACGGUGCUCGGCUAUAUCGUGUUCGUCUCGCUGCCGGCCGUCUGUCUGUCCAUCUACUACGUCUACAUUUGGGACCCGCAGUACCUGAAAAACUUCCCCAACCACACCAUGGUCAACAAGUCGUACACGGUCUACAAGCCGAAAGAUCAGCGCCAAACGCGGCAGACGUUUGAGAGUCCCCUCUACGAUAAGCCACCAUCAUACGCCAAAAAUAAUCAGGAGUGUACUUGCGUCAACCCGGUCCCCAUCCGGCCCACCCAAGAAAUCUCGCCAAGCUUGGGCCACAUUUUGUCGAGCUCGGUCUCCCACAGAAGCCGACGCGAGUUCAAAAAU